CGGAUGGAAGGAUGGAUAGAUGGAUGGAUGGACAGACGGACGGAUGGAUGGACGGAUGGAUGGAUGGAUGGAUGGACGGAUGCACGGAUGGAUGGAUGGAUGGAUGGAUAGAUGGAUGGACGGAUGGACGGAUGGAUGGAUGGACGGACAGACGAACGGACGGAUGGACGCACAGACGAACUGACGGAUGGAUGGAGGGACGGAGGGAUGAAGGGAUGGAGGGAUAGACGGAUGGACGGAUGGACGGAUGGACGGAUGGACGGAUGGAGGGAUGGAUGGACGGACGGACGAACGGACGAACAGACGGACGGACGGACGGACGGACGGAUGGACGGACGGAGGGACGGACUGAUGUAUGGACGGACGAAUGGAUGGACGGAAGGAUGGAUGGAUGGAUGGAUGAAUGGAUGGAUGGAUGCAUGGAUGGAUAGAUCGAUCCAUGGAUGGAUCCAUGGAUGGAUGGAUGGAUGGAUGGAUCCAUGGAUGGAUGGAUGGAUGGAUGGAUCCAUGGAUGGAUGGAUAGAUGGAUGGAUGGAUGAUGGAUGGAUGGAUGGAUGGACGGACGGAUGGACGGACGGACGGAUGGAUGGAUGGACGGAUGGAUGGAUGGACGGAUGGAUGGAUGGACGGAUGGACGAAUGGAUGGACGGACGGAUGGACGAAUGGAUGGACGGAUGGACGGACGAAUGGAGGGAUGGACGGGCGGAUGGACGGAUGGAUGGAUGGAUGGACGGAUGGAUGAACGGAUCCAUAGAUGGACGGACGGAUCCAUGGAUAAAUGGACGGAUCUAUGGAUUGACGGAUUUAUCGAUGCAUGGACGGAUCCAUGGAUGGGUGGACGGAUCCAUGGAUGGACGGAUCCAUGGAUGGAUCCAUGGAUGGACAGAUGGACGGACGGAUGGACGAACGGACGGAUGGACGGACGGACGGAUGGAUGGAUGGACUGUACGGAUGGACGGACGGACAAACGGACGGACAGACGGACGGACUGACAAACAAACGGAGGGAUGGACGAAUGGAGGGAUGGAUGGACGGAGGGAUCUACGGACGGACGGACGGACGGACGAACAGACGGACGAACAGCCGGACGGCCGGCCGGACGGACGUACGGAUGGAGGGACGGAUGGAUGGAGGGACGGAUUGAUUGAUGGAUGGAUGGAUGGAUGGAUGGAUGGAUGGAUGGACGGAUGGAUGGAGGGAUGGAGGGACGGACGGAGGGACGGAUGGACGGAUGGAUGGACAAAUGGACGGACGGAUGGACGGACGGACAGCCGGAUGGACGGACGGACGGAUGUACGGAUGGACGGAUGGACGGACGAACAGAUGGACGGACGGACGGAUGGAUGGAGGGAUGGACAGACCGAUGGACGGACGGACGGAUGGAUGCAUGGAUGGACGGAUGGAUGGACGUACAGAUGGAUGGACGGACAGAUGGAUGGACGGAUGGACGGAUGGACGGAUGGAUGGAAGGAUGGACGGAUGGAUGGACGGAUGGAUAGACAGAUGGAUGAACGGAUGGAGGAUGGAGUGACGCACGGAUGGAUGGACGGACGACCGGAUGGAUGGACGGAUGGAUGGAGGGACGCACGGAUGGAGGGACGGACGGAUGGACGGGCGCACGGAUGGAUGCAGGUCCGGAUGGAUGGAUGGAUCCACGGAUGAAUGGAUGGAUCCACGGAUGGAGGGACGGACGGAUGGAGGGACGCACGGACGGAUGCACGCACGGAUG